AAGCACUUUUAUCUAAUAACUAUACAUUAUUUAUCAAAAAAAAUAAAAACUAUACAUUAUAAAAUUUUGGGGAGGCCGUCUUGGCUCCAACAUAGGUCCAUCCAUGAUAUUGAUUCAAAACACUUAUUUUUCUCUGUAAUCCAACCACACACCAGAGAUGGAGAGAAUAAUCUUAGCUGCAACUCUGUGUGUGGCAGCUCUUCUCUUUGGCUGUACCACUGCGGGCAAGGAGGGACAAACAUGUUUCCAAAGCCAAAACUGCGACCCGGGUUUGCACUGUGAGAUUUGCCUCUCAGCUGGCGUAAGGCCACGCUGUACUCGAACACAACCCAUCAGUCCCACUUCUAAGGUGAAGGGCUUGCCGUUUAACAGGUACUCAUGGCUUACCACGCACAAUGCAUAUGCGAGGAUAGGAGUGAAGUCAGGGACAGGCUCUAUAAUUCUGGCUCCCACAAACCAGGAGGACUCCAUUACUUCUCAGCUCCAAAAUGGAGUUCGAGGGUUGAUGCUUGAUACUUACGACUUCAAGGACGAUAUUUGGUUGUGUCAUGGCCAAUGUAGCGACGUUACAGCUUUUCAACCAGCCAUUAAUGUUCUGCAAGAGAUUAAAAUCUUUCUUGAAGCAAACCCAUCGGAGAUAAUCACCAUUAUCCUUGAAGACCAUGUUACAUCAACAAAUGGCCUAACUAAAGUGUUUGAUGCCGCUGGCCUAAGGAAAUUCUGGUUUCCAUCAAGUCGAAUGCCAGGACAUGGUAAAGAUUGGCCAACAGUAGAUAAUAUGGUGAAUAAAAAUCAGCGCUUAGUAGUUUUCACUUCAAACCAAACUAAGGAGGCAUCUGAAGGGAUUGCCUAUCAGUGGAAAUACACAGUAGAAAACCAAUACGGGAAUGGUGGUAUGAUAGAUGGCUUGUGCCCAAACCGCUCUGAAUCGCCUCCCAUGAACACGACCUCGAGGUCACUAGUUGUAGUGAACUAUUUCCGGAGUGUCCCAAAUAUAAUUGAAGCUUGCAAAGAUAAUUCAGCUCCGCUACUUGGUAUGCUGGAUUCGUGUUAUAAAGCAGCGGGUAAUCGGUGGCCUAAUUUCAUUGCUGUUGAUUUCUACAAGAGGAGUGCUGGUGGUGGAGCCUCAGCCCCAGAAGCUGUAGAUGUAGCAAAUGGUCAUUUAGUUUGUGGGCAUGGAAAUAUAGCCUAUUGCAAGAUUAAAAGUUGCUUAUUUCAACUCUCAAUCUCAACCGUUGAGAGCUAUUGCAUCAGGUGCAGAUAUUGCACAUAAUCUCAAUUCAUAAGUACAAACACUUGAAGAUUUAGUGCUUGUUGAAUACAUGUGGAUAUUUGUACAAAAAUGUAAGGAAAAAAUAAAAGAAAAAGAAUUGUGAGAUACAAAGCACUACUAGUAACACAAGGUUUCUUGUAAAGAUUUGGUAUUGAUUUUCAACAUAUAUAUUUUCAUGUAAUGACUGCAAUUACACUCAUAUUUUA